AUGGUCUUUCAGAGUGAGGAUCCGGACGACCCGGAAAACGCAUGCAACGAUCCCGCACCAAUAUUCAAGUUCCGCCCGAUCACCAUCACGGGCCCAAGAGGCGCUAUCCAGGUGGCCGGCCAGAACAUGUGGAACGUCUACAGACAGGCCGUGUACGAGUACACGAAGCGGAACCUGACCAAUGACUCAGACGCCCUUAACGCGUUCAGGGGUAUGGAAGAUCUCAUCCGGCAGGGCUCCAACACGAAGUUCUGGUUCGGGCUUCCCGAGUUCGACUUCGACCACGCUCUCCUGUGGUAUCCUUGCGAACCACUGCAGAGACGCAAGAUCAGUGGCGAUAGCCGAUUCCCCAGCUGGAGCUGGGCCGCGUGGAAGGGCCACAGUCACUACAGCGGCAGGGGGUGGUACAACGGGCUAUACGCGGGUUCAACCUGCGCCGUGUCUUGGAUGCGAAGCUACAAGCCCGACGAGUUCAUCGCGAUGCUGCAGAGUCGAGGCGCGCCGGCUGAGUAUAUGGAACAAGCGAGAGAACAGAUGACUGGGGUCGACAAAGUGACGGUGACGCUGGACUACUACAAGAUCCACCGUUUCGGAUCUCUUGCCAGCAUACACCGUUCCAUCCAGAACCCGGCGACCAGCCCGUCCACACCGGCCGCCAUAACAGACUCUACAACUCCAAACCCAGAGCCCCCGGGGCGAUCCGAGGCCGCGAUCCGGGGGUACAGCGCCCCGCCCGACGGCUGGCAAGUCCAGCGCGACACGGCUCGCAAUCAGCACUACUACACGCACGCCGCCUACCCGGGCAUCCACUUCAGCCGCCCCAUCUCCCUCCCCGACGAGCCCAUCCCCGAGCGCCCCGACGCAAACGGCACCCUCCUCUUCCGCGCCCACACCGUCCCCGUACGCUUCUGCGACAUGCAGACCACGCCCCCGGUCCAGGUCCCGUACCAGGACGCUUUCCUGCAAGUCGGACUCAACGACGAGAGUCGGUCCGCCGAUGCGCGGCCGUCGUGGCGGCGCAUUCUGUAUCAUCAGGGGUACCGCGCUGGGUGCUUGACGCUGCAUGGGCCGCUUGAGGAGCUGGAUUGGGAUGACGCUACAUCACCUUUACCUUCAUCAUCAACACCAUCAUCACUACCAGCAUCGGCAUCGCGUUACUACCUCGCCGCCAUAUCCCGCGACACCCGCCCCCGCACCGCGCCCCCCACCGCCGGCUGGGCGAAACACUGGUCCGUCGACCCCGUGUGCAUCCAAUAUAAUAUCCACGGCGAUGAAUGGGGUGGCGGUGACGACAACAGCUCCAGCACCAAAACAAGAGAUAAAAUCCCGCCCCCGGGUGACGUCGAGGCAGACGUCAAGGGCGUCGAGAACGACUCCCGCGGCGACGCGCUGUGGGAGGAAGACCGGUUUCCGACUGAUGGCUUGCCGUAUGAGGUUUAUAAUGUUUUGUUGUUGCGGUUUGUUGGGGAAAAGGGGGGUGAGGGGGGUCAUGAGGAUUAUGGGGGAUAUGGAGGCGCGGUGGAGAGGGUUGGGGUCGGGAAGGUGCAUUGGGGGGCUUUUCAUCAUGCGAGGCCUGAGAGGAGGGUCGUUGAGUUGAGGUGA